CUUUCGUCAUCAUGGUCCUAGAGCCGUCCCCCAUCCUGCAGCCAGUCAUCAGCUACCUCCGUGUUUCUCAGUAAAGGCAGCCGUGUACCAAAACGUUUCUCCCAGCAUUGUCUGCUGGAUAAUUAAUGUCAAAACCCAGAUAAGACCAUGGCUUCUCCUCAGCCAGGAAGCCCGCCUCUUGCAGAACAGCACACCCCUACUGAUCAGGAUGAAGAGAGCCAACAAGAGGAAGAGCUGGUGAUGGAUCAACCUGCAAAAAAACGUGGCAGAGGCAGACCCCCAAAAGCCAAACCUUCAUUCAAAUGCUCUGUAUGUCCUGAGGCUUUCAGGAGUCUGUCUGCACUGCGGAGCCACAAGCUAUCAGCACACACAAAGGACCACCAGCAGCAGCAGCAGCAGCAGCAGCAGCAGCACACAUGUUCUCAGUGUGCCAAAACAUUUUCCAGCAAGGCUCAACUCUCCAAACAUGAGCGCACUCACUCAGCCCAGCGUCCCUUUCAGUGUCCCGACUGUCACAAGGCUUACAAGACACCCACAGAGCUACGCAACCAUAGCCGCUCUCACACCGGGGAGAAACCUUUCGUAUGCACGGAGUGUGGGAAGGCCUUCAUGCAAGCGAUAUGCCUGAGGAUCCAUAUGACACAGCACAGUGGCGAGCGUCCUUACUCUUGCCGACAGUGCUCUAAGAGUUACCCGACCUUGUCUAAACUAAAAGUGCACAUGCGGUCUCACACAGGGGAAAAGCCAUACUUCUGCGCUGAGUGUGGUAAGAGCUUCGCUGAUCCUUCUGUGUUCCGGAAACACAGAAGAAACCACCAAGGACAUCGGCCGUAUGCUUGUGACAAAUGUGGGAAAACAUACACAGAGUUGAAGGACUUAAAAAAUCACGAGCGCUCCCAUACGGGAGAAAAACCAUACCUGUGCUCCGACUGCGGCAAAGCCUUCUCCCGCUCCUCCUCCCUCGCCUGCCAUCAGCGAAUUCACUCCCAGAAUAAACCCUAUCAGUGCGAGCAGUGUGGCAAAGGCUUCACCCAGCUGUCCUCCUACCAGUCUCACCUCCGCACUCACUCUGGGGAGAAGCCAUUCCUCUGCCCGCAGUGUGGAAAGAUGUUCUCUGACCCUUCUAGCUUCCGCCGCCACCAGCGGGCCCACCAGGGGUUCAAGCCCUACCCCUGUGAUAAAUGCUCCAAGAGGUUCAGACAGCCAGCUGAUCUUGCUGUGCACGAGCGUGUUCACUCGGGAGAGCGGCCAUAUAAAUGCCAGAGCUGUGACAAGGCCUUUGUGGCGUCGUGGGAUCUUCGGCGCCACAUGCUUGUCCACACAGGUCUUAGGCCCUUUUCCUGUACCGAGUGUGAUAAGUCAUUCGCUGAGCGCUCCAGCCUCAACAAACACAGACGUGUGCACUCGGGAGAAAGGCCAUUUAAAUGUGAGGAGUGUUUGAAGUCAUUUGUGGUGUCCUCAAGCCUGCGUAAACAUGAGAGGACUCACCUUGCUGAGCAGGCUGAACAGCAGCAGCAGCAACAACAACAACAACAACAACAGCAACAGCAACAGCAACAACAGCAGCAGCAACAACAACAACAACAACAACAGGAGACAGAGGUUUCAGCUUCAGGCUUCACUGCCCACACAACUCUGCCUCAGUUCUCCUGCACUCACUGUGAUGCCACGUUUGGAAGCUGGGAUGAGGUCCAGGCACAUGAAAAUCUUCACUCCAUUGACUCAACUCCUCCGACUGUUACCAAAAUUGUUCCGCUGGGCUCGCACGUUUGCGAGACCUGCCAGGCAGAGUUCACACAGUUGGCAGACUUGCAGGAGCACGAGAAGCAGCAUCCCAAGCCGAGGCCUCAUGUAUGCAGUGACUGCAGCAAAGGCUUCCUCAACAAAUCUGGCCUACGGAAACACCAGAAAAUCCACUCGGCCAGCAAACCGCACAGCUGCCCCCACUGUGGCAAAGCAUUUCUGUUUGCUGCCUACCUCCGCAAGCACUUACGGACUCACACAGAGACAACAGCAGCAUCUUCACUCGCUGACCUGAACAUUAUUCACACAGAUCCGCUGCCCUCUCCUCCACCCCCCAGUGAGGUAUCCUCCUCCACUGUGGAGCCCAGCACCAUAUCCCUGACAGUCCCAGUGACUGUACCUGUGACAGCUUUUCAGACUCUGCCAGAGUAUUUAGUCAAAGAGGAGGGACUUUAAGCUUUUUAUUUUUACUUUUCUACAGUUUUAAUCCCAAAAAUAUACAAGCAUGGGCCUCAAGUCUUUUGAGAUGAUGGGUCUGAUUUGCAGGAGUCAUUUUUCAAUUAAACUCUCUUCAGGCCACCACAUGUAUGUAGAUUGCUUGGUAUCUGUUUUGUACUGCCAUGAUAUUUUAAAGAUGUAACUUAUAU